UAUAUGUUCCCAGUUUUAGCCUAUGUGAUUUGAGUUGGUCGUGUACACCGUCUUCGAACAGCCGACAGAACUAUAUGCAUAAUCAGACGGUGACGACUACCGGGUUUAUUUGUCCUGUGUGGCGAGAUAUGCACUCGCAUAACAAAAAACCCGAAAAAUACCAACGAAAACGCAAAACAACCGUGUACCCCGAGGACGACAUUUUUACUUCCUGGUUGGAAAGAUGUCACAAAAUGUCGAAGUUUUGGUCGUGUGUGUUUCUCGUGACAUCGUGGAUUUGUUUUAAAACACACUCAGUGUCAGGUGCCUGUAUGUCAGGGAGAUAUGGCUUGGACUGUAACUACACCUGUCACUGUGACGCUGCCAACUGCGAAGACGUCACAGGUUGUUCUGGUAGUUGCAAGAAAGGAUGGUCUGGACCAAGAUGCACAACAGAGAAUGUAGCUUUACUGGAAAAUGCCUACCAGAGUUCAUACUUACUCAACUACCAGGAUGUUGCUGAGCAUGCUGUAGAUGGCAACCGUUACGCUAUAGGAGGAGGGCCCUGUAUAAUAACUGGUGUUAAUCUGCCACACACGUGGUGGGAAGUAGACUUGGGAAGAGACUACUACAUACACAAGCUAGAUAUUUACUUCCGCACCGACUUUAAAGCUCGGAGAAACGGUGUUCACAUCUACAGUUCAACAGAAGCCAGGAAAGCGAAUACGAGCCAUCUGUGUGGUGCGGCCACUAUAAACAGUCCUGAUGUAACAACAGUUACAUGUGACAAUAAAGUUCGGAGAAACGGUGUUCACAUCUACAGCUCAACAGAAGCCAGGCAAACGAAUACGAGCCAUCUGUGUGGUGCGGCCACUAUAGCCAGUCCUGAUGUAACAACUGUUACAUGUGACAGUACGGCCAGAUACAUCACUCUCUACCAGGAUACAACAAACAGUCAAUACAGCCCACCAGGAGAAGGCGCAAUGGAUUUUUGUGAAGUAGAAGUGUAUGUAUGUGAUGCUGGCACCUUUGGCGAUGACUGCAGUAAGUUCUGUCACUGUCUGAAUGAACCGUGUAAUCAUGCAACAGGAAAUUGUACUGGAGGCUGUAAACAAAACUGGAUCGGACAAACUUGCAGUGAGUGUGAUUCUGAUCAUUAUGGCCCUCUGUGUGGAAAGCCUUGUUCCAGCAGACACUGCAAUGUAUCACGUGGUCAGUCAUCAUGUGAUAAACAGACUGGACGAUGUGAUAACGGAUGUACACCAGGAUGGAUGGAACCAGACUGUUUAAAGGAAUGUCCAGCAUAUACUUAUGGUUUGAAAUGUGCAAACAGCUGCAAUCAGCGAAAGUGUCUAGGAAACACGUCAUGUGAUCACGUGACCGGGAAGUGUGAUCAUGGCUGUGUUCGAGGAUAUCAGGAUGAAGAUUGUAGAACGAUGUGUCCAUCUGGAAAAUAUGGGUUCAACUGUAACAUGUCUUGCGAGAAGAGAAACUGUGCUGACAACUCGCCGUGUGACAAGCUUAAUGGGAUAUGUGUCAAUGGUUGCUUGAAAGGCUGGGAUUUACCAGACUGCGUCACUGAAUGCCACAACAAUACUUUUGGACCUAGCUGCCUGUUUAAAUGUAGUGAACGAUUCUGCAAGGGAGACAACUCAAAAUGUGAUAUUGAAGAUGGUGUUUGUCAAGAUGGUUGUCAGACUGGCUGGAAGAAUGCAAAUUGCACUGAAAAAUGUGACAGUGGUUCGUAUGGUCCAGACUGUGCAUUUGACUGUAACAAGAGACACUGUCAGACUAAAUCAGCCAGCUGUAAUCAUGUUAACGGAUCAUGCGGAGGGGAAUGUGAGAAUAACUAUAACGGCAUCGACUGCACAGGGUGUGAUGGGAAAUAUGGCCCGGAAUGCAGUUUGUCAUGUAGUGACAGACACUGCAAAAAUGAUAAUGCACCAUGUGAUCACGUGACUGGUUCAUGUGAUGGACCAUGUGAUGCUGGAUAUCAAGGGGAUGCUUGCGCUGGCAAAUGUGCUGUUAGUACAUACGGUGAUAACUGUACCAUGUCAUGUGCUACUAGAAAGUGUGAAACAUCUGAUAGCUGUCCUCAUGAAGACGGAAUGUGUGUAGGUGGAUGUAUCUCUGGUUAUCAGGGAGUGGACUGUUUGAAAGCCCAAGCUGUCACUUCUAACACUGAUUCCACCACCAUUGCCGUUUCCGUUGUGGCGGGAGUGCUUUUUGUAUUGUUGGUCAUAGUGACGAGUGUUUUAUUCUGGCACCUCAAAUGUCAUAGAGUGAAGUCGGACUCGUAUCAGCAAGAGAUGAGAAAAACAAACACGAACCCACCCAGCCAACCUACAGACCCCAGUGCUGUAGAAUAUGAAAUCGUCGAUAGACAAGAUGGAGGCCACAACAGUUCCAGGGCUUUCUGUUCUCAACAAGUCGACACAUCUCGUUCAGCUAAUUAUGGCAAUUCAUCGACGUCACGUGAUCAAAUUGAUGCCCAGCCGAGACAUUCUGAGAGUGAGGGUGGCUAUGUUAAUGCAGGACAAACGAAUGAAUACGAAAAGCUUGAUUUAUCCAACUCACCGCAGAAUGACUAUGAUAGGAUAACUGGUGUCUAGACAACUGGGAAUGAAACCCCUGUUCAUAAGCUAGAGAUUACCGAGUAAUACUACAACAUUUAUUACAUUAGCAGAAGGGGAUGUAGGAUAUUUUUUUUUAGGUAGGAGGUGCAAU